AUGGCCUUGUAUUAUAAGCAUUUGGGGAUUUUGCUGACCAUUUGCAUAUUGUUUACAACAUUAAUUCAUACAGUUUCCGCUGUUGGUAAUGAUGAUAUAAAUGCAGAAUUCGGUCCGACGAAAACGUACGAGAUAAGCAAGUAAGGUAACGUUUAUAUUUGUACUAAUUGUAAUACUUUAUAGUUGCGCUUAUUCCGCCAAAUUUUAAAUUUUCACAAAUGUUGAAAUAUGUACACGGCUUGGGAAUUGCGGUACAUAUUAUUUUGGUAUUUUAUUACUUUACAGUUUGUUAAUUUAUACGCUGACUAAAGAGAGAACAGAAGACGAUGGCAAGACCUAUACGUCAUGGCUAGGUGCAGUUGUUGACCAUAUUUUGAUUGAGUCUGGAAUACGUGGUGUUAUCAUUGGCAGCCGAAUAUUAAAAGCGUUUCGAAGGAAGAUAGAACAUCUAUAUUCAGCCUUUAAACGUGCAAAAUGUGCAGGAGGGAAAUCAGUUAGAAGGCUCAUGAAUAAGUGGGAACUGGGUCCAAAAUAUAGUUUUUCCAUACAUUACAGUGAAUUUGAAGUUGUAAGACUACAGCAUGAAAACCAGCAGUUAAAAAGGGAGAAAAGGGUUCUCGAACAAUCCUUGGAGGAAGUGACCAACAAAAGGAUGCGUGUAGAGGAAAACCUCAAUAAUGUAACAAACACAGUCAAGGAAAAUAAGAAAGCAUACAAGAAAAGGUUUAAACAAUUAGUAAAUAAGGUGGCCAAGCUGAGCAGGAAUACAAAAUCAAGAGGCCCAGACAAAAAGAAAAAGUUUAGUGAAUACUCCAAACAGCACCAGGCAAGGAUUCGAAAACAGUUGAAAGAGCAGUGUCAAACAACAUUGUCAUUUCUUGGCCAGUAUGAUUAUGUACCAUCACGAAUUGAGUUGUACAACCACAACAAUGGAAUGGUCGAAAGUUUCAAUUUUAUCGAGGAUGAUGAAUUUCAACCAAACCAUGAGACUAGCAAGGAAAUCAGUGAAGCGGACAUGGAUAAAAUGAAUAUGUGGCUAUAUCUGAAAGAUAAGUUCAACAUAUCGAAUGAGGCAUGGCGUGAAAUUUCCAUGGCAUCAGAUGAUCCACCAUGUUUGAACAAAAUCACAAAGCACAUGAAAAAGUUAAACCAAAAGUGGAAUUUAAGAUCCACCCCAGGAAAGGCAGAAGGAGUACAGGUUAGUUUCCGGGAAACUAUUGUGGAACAUAUCAGGAGACUAAAGGUCAGUGGUGUCAUUCAGGAUGGAGAGAGGAUUAAAAUAAAAUUGAGUGGGGAUGGCACUAACAUUGGGAACCGAAUAAGUGUUGUUAACAUAACUUUCACCAUCCUAAAUGAGAAAACAUUAGCAAUGAGCAAAAGGGGCAACUACAUAUUGGCAGUACUUAGAACAACAGAAAGUUAUGAUACAUUGGCUGAAAGUCUAUCAGAUAUAGUUAAGGAAAUGCAGGAUUUAAAAGAUAUAUCUGUUGACAAUGAAACAUUUUAUUUUGAAUAUUUUCUUGGGGGGGAUUGGAAGUUUCUUGCUUGUGUUUGCGGAAUUGGGGCUGCGAAUGCUGAUUAUGCAUGCAUAUGGUGCAAAUGUGCUCGACUAGACCGGUGUGACACAACCAAACACUGGUCAAUUUUGGAUCCCGACAAUGGUGCCCGGACAGUAAAUGAAAUUGAGCAAUAUGCCAGAUCUAGGAAAUUUAAUUGUAAGUCCAAACCCAUUUUCCCUUUCAUUCCUCUUAGCCAUGUGGUAAUUGAUACACUUCAUCUCUUCCUAAGAGUUUCUGAUAAUCUCAUUGGACAUUUGAUAAGAGAGCUCAAAGUUUGUGACUCCAUUGAAAAGAAAACCAAGUAUUCUGAUGGCUUCUGCAGAGAAAAGUACAGGAACAUGUCAACGUACGAGACAUUCUUGCAGGAGUUAGGUAUCCCAUUUUCUUGGUAUGUUGGAAAAGAAACAAAACAGUUGGAAUACCGUGACUUGACAGGGCCAGAGAAGGUAAAACUUUUUCAAAACAUAAACAUUUCUUUUCUAUUGCCGAACUCAGAAGAUAAAGAGACAAUCCAGAAAGUUUGGGAUGACUUUUGGAAAAUUAGACAGGAUUUGAAGCAUGAUUUUAAUUCAGAUGAUGUGGAAGUUGUCAAAAAAAAAAUCACCUCCUGGCUAGAACUCCAUCUAACAGUUUAUCAAGCAAAAGAUGUGACACCCUACAUACAUGCACUUUAUGCGCAUGUGCCCGAGUUCCUGAGCUUAUACAACCAACCUCGAAUGUUUUACACAACAGGGCAUGGAAAAAUAUAA